AUGUCACUGAGAAAUCUUCAAGAUGUGCCACUUGCAACUUGGCAAUGGCGGGAUUCAUUAAUAAGAUUAAUCUUAACUGCAAUAAUAUUUACAUGGGGUGUUUUGCUCGAGGUUUGUGGAGAACAGCCAAAUUAUUCUCCUGAGCUUCAGUAUUUGAUGAGUUUCGGAUCAUUUAUUGUGGCCAUUAUACUUGGUGCACUGGCUCAAGCGACACUUGCUCAUAUGUUUUCUUACGUGCAGGGUUAUUUUUUACUUAAAAGUCAUGGAAUUCCUCUUCAUGCGAUCAUGAGUGGAGAACAAACUCCAGGACGGAUUUUAGCAGCAUGUUUAACUAUAUUUAAAUAUAAAAAAAGUGGAACUGAAGAUUACAAAGAACAAAAAUAUGGAAAAUUCUACCAGAUAUUUCUAUAUACAAGUACUUUAAUAGUAUAUUUUGCAAGCGUUGGUGUUGGUGGUUAUGCUGCAUCUGAGUUAGGAACGUCUUAUGUUUAUUAUAGUUCCCCAAUUAAAUGGGUACAAGUUCCAACAAUUCCAAAUGAUGAACUGCGUGUAAGCUUAAAUAAUGCAUUUCUACCAAAAGAUUUCUUGAGUGGGAUAUCCUCAAUUCAAUAUAAUUCAUUAGCACGUUGGGUUCAAAAGACUGCUGCUACUAACAAAGAGGUAGCAUUCCUACCAAUAACACUUAACAAUAUUAAAGAUGCAUUAGAUGGUAGCAAUCUUAAAGAUAAUUUAUUAAAGUGGAAAGUAGAGGCGAAAUAUGAUAAUGUUAACAUGCAAUACAUAACAGCUCAAUGUGAUGUUGAUCCAAAUCCUUCUUGCAAUACGGAACAGUUUAUACAGGAAGAAACAAUAAUUUAUACAAAAGCUAGUAAAGACAAUAAAACUCUUUUAUGGGAUAUGUGCAAUUUGCCUGGUAAAACGGGCUCUAUACGACUGGUUUGUUCCAUAACUCUAAAAGGAGGAGUUUUUCCUAGUACAACAAUAGUCUAUCCGGAAAAUCUACCUCGUGGUGAACAACUGGCUGAAAUUCUGUUGCGAAAGGAUGAGAUGAGAGAUUUAAAUGAACUUAGAGAUGAGAUGUUUAAUAUAAUGGAAAAGGUUUUAGCACGACCUACAUAUAAUGUUAAUAAUGAUAUAAUUUCUAGUAAUGUUCUUCAACAAUUACUUAACCAAUGGAACUGUGAAGCAAGAAACGUUACCUGUGCACAAGAAUUGGGAACAGCAGCAGCUAUACGAUAUUUUGGAGCUCGUUUAGAAGCUGCAAAUAUUAUGUAUCCCGUUGAUAAUCUCAUUAACGUAAAUGAAUGGAUAGAAAAGAGUGGAUCAACUGGUUCCUUAACAGUUACGCAUAAAGUGUGUAUAGGAGGAAGUAACCCGAUUUUAACGAUCGGUUUAAUGAUAUUUAUACCAUCAAUAAUGAUAGUUAUUGAGCUUUUACCACUAUUAUUUAGUAAAAAUAAAGCGUGGUGGUUGGCAUCUGAUAUUGGCUUUAAGCAUAUAGCUUUAUUGCGAAGUACUGCGAAAAGUGGAAUUAAUUUACCCGAAUGUACUGAUCGUCCUAAUGAAAUUACAAAUAGUCAUACGGCAGUUAGAUUUAAUGUUAAACCCGAGAAUGAUUAUUUCGGAUUAGAAGAGGUUUAA